AUACGCGAGCUCUCUCUCUCUCUGUACAUGUAGCGCUUCUCUCUUUUACGCACACACUCACUCACAGGUGCACCGAAGGCAUUCGCCGAAGCUCUAGCGACUAGCAUCUUCUUCCAUAACUGUAGCCUCAGCAUCUACUGCCGGAGCCGUAGCUCUGAGCUAGAGUGGCCUCACUAUCUCACUCAGGGCGGCGGGCCUCCCAGCGGUGACGCUCAAAGACCAAAGUGGUUCACUUGCCAGCAAGUACAUACAGUGGACUUGAGAUGCUUGCUGGGCUACAGAAUAUAAGGGAACUGUUAAUGCCAUUUGAUUCAGAUGCACAAGGAGCUACCAUUAUGCUGUUUCGAGUUUCAACAGCAAUCUAUGCUCCUCUCUGACAUCCUGACUUCACCUUCAUUGGAAGACAACUGUUUCUUUGCUUGGACAGUAUAUGUAGCAGUUUUUAUGGGAAACUUUUUCCAUUUACCUUCACCAUGAAAUCCUGUCUCUUGUAGGCAGUCCCUCUUCCAUAUACAAAGACAGAAGGCAGUGUGUUCCAUGCACAAGAUCCAUCAUGCAAACAGCUUCACAUCUUUCUCCAAUCUUUUACUUGUUUGAAAGGAGAAGCACUAUUAAACCCAGUGGUUGGAUGAAAACAAAAAUCCGAUAUUCUAGUCAACUUCCCCGAAGACUCAAGUUCACUGGAAGAGAUGAGGCUUGCAAGUUCCCCUCAGGUGUCCAAAAAACCAGACUGUUUGUGAUUCCUAAUACAGAUGACGGUCACCCGCAUGUGUCUGUCUCUGAAGAAACUACACACCCAAUCAAUGCCUUGAAUCAUGAAACAAACACAUUUUUGAGCAAUUGGUCUCCUCCCAGGUACCUGUGGAGGGGAUUAUCAGUUCUUAUUCUCGCAGGACAGGUGAUUAUUAGGACUUUAAAGGGUAAGGUCCAUUGGAGGAACACUCUUCAACAGCUAGAGAGAGUCGGUCCCAGAUCAAUUGGGGUCUGUCUGUUAACCUCAGCCUUUGUUGGCAUGGCAUUCACGAUUCAGUUUGUUAGAGAGUUCACGAGGUUAGGGUUAAACAGAUCAGUUGGUGGGGUAUUGGCGCUAGCUUUCUCAAGGGAGCUGAGUCCUGUGGUCACAUCAGUAGUAGUUGCGGGUCGUAUUGGGAGUGCAUUUGCUGCUGAGUUGGGAACAAUGCAGGUUUCUGAGCAAACCGAUACCCUAAGAGUUCUUGGGUCGGACCCAGUAGAUUAUCUGGUGACACCAAGGGUCAUUGCUUCAUGUGUUGCUUUACCGAUUUUGACCCUGAUGUGUUUCACAGUAGGGAUGGCAUCGAGUGCUCUCCUGGCUGAUAGUGUUUAUGGGGUUGGCAUUAACAUUAUUUUGGAUUCUGCCCAGAGAGCUCUCAGAUCAUGGGAUCUAAUUAGUGCAAUGAUCAAGUCGCAGGUUUUUGGUGCGAUCAUAUCUGUCGUGAGCUGUGCGUGGGGGGUCACCACGUUGGGAGGUGCCAAAGGUGUUGGAGAGUCGACAACUUCAGCUGUGGUGCUCUCUCUUGUUGGUAUUUUUAUUGCUGAUUUUGCCCUUUCUUGUUGCUUCUUUCAGGGAGCUGGAGAUUCACUCAAGAAUUGCGUAUGAUGUGUCCAAACAUUUUGUCAAUUUGGAUUUGUAUGUCUAUUAGUUCCUUCUUUGUUGUUGGUUCUGUUUAAAAUGGCUCCAAACACAAGCAGAUGAACCAUAAAAUGGAUUGGAAUCCAUGUAUAAUAGGUGGAAGCUUGAUUCACCUUUAGGUGUUGAUGUUUGUCUCCCUCAUUUUCUUCUCUUCUAAUGGUUAUGGUUGUUUUGUUCUUA